CCCACAACGUACCACCAGUUGAAGGUCCAGCUCUGGUGGAUGCUGCCGGACAGCAGAGACAGUCACGAAGAAUUCCUGGAGGCCUAUCGAACGUUCUUUAGCGAGCAGACCCCGCUGGUGGAUGUUGACGCGACGUUCUCGAUCAGCGAGAUAUACCGAAAGCCGAACAAGAACCUCUACGAGGAGGCGAUCUACCAUCUGGACUGCACGAUAGAGUGGCCCGGCGUGCUCUGGUUCGGCGCAUCCACAAAAUACCUGCAGCUUGGUCGUGCGUGGUGCAUCGCUGGUCGUGACAAGGCCCAUGGGAAGGCUCUGUUCCAGUGGCUGGUGCCCAGUCCCCUGGAGGCCUUCCAGCUGGCCACGCACCCGUACGAUCGGGACGUCAGCCUCUCGUCGGUCUCCUUUGGCACCCUGGUGCAGCUGGGCGUGUUCGUCCAGCACCAGCUGUUCUCCUCAUCCAUCAUACGUGACCACCGUGACUACUGGGUCAACGCGACCUUCCAUCACGACCAACGCGUGCUGCACAUUGACCUGCACCUCAACCACCGCGACGGCUGCGCAGGACGGGUCGCUGAGUACCGGUUCGUCGUGCCGUACCUGAACAUCCUGAAGGUAUUGAUAAACGAGAAGGAUCGCCUCGUUGAGAUCUACCUUCAGCUGAAGAUCCCGGCAAUGCUGAUGGGUGAAGUGAUCAACGACAUGCCUUCACGACCUGGCAGCGCAGCCGCUGCUGCACCUCUGCGCUGGGAGCGACACCUUGCCAUCGGCUGUGACUGUAUCGGUGGGCCCGUGCGCACGGCCUCGCUCUGCGGGGGCCUCUUCCUCAAGCUGGUCUUGCGGGACCACUCCCUCGCGAGGCGCGUGAUUGGGCGGCUCUCGCAGCGUUGCGCCCACAGUACCCUGUUCUGCUAUGCCCCCAUCCGAACCUACUGUCCCGAUGCUGUGGUGGCCCGUUGGACCAACGAGGUUAUGGCGCGCUGCGAGGAAAUGCAGAGGACACUGCCAUUUCCCUGUGCUUACGCGUUCAAGGCGGCCCUCCACAUCACGUUCGACGUUCUCGAUCAAAUGGCGCUGAUGUCUACGUCCUCGUUCGACAAGCUCAUGCGGGACAUCGAGAAACGAUCCAAGAAGGAGCCAUCGGUGGUGGAGCGGGCUCUGAGUCACAUCGUGACCAGCAUCGACGCAGGCAACGUGGUGAUGUUUGCACCCGCCUUCUACGCCUCGUGCAGCAUGUUCAAAGACGAGAAGCCACCGCAGCUGGCACGCGGCACGUGCCUCGUACGGAGCGUGUUCGUCACACCUGGCCGGCUCAUUCUUCGUCCUGCACAGGUUCACUUCGAGAACAGGAUCCUGCGUGAGUUCAACGCAGAAUUUGCCAUCCGGGUGUCGUUCAGGGAUGACAACCUGGACAAGCUGUCCUUCACGCUGAAUCUGCACUCGUCACGGGAUGCUCUCCUCAACGCCGUUGUUGCCCGCUUUCUGCAAGACGGGCUGCGUGUUGGUGCCCGAGAGUUCAAGUUCCUGGCGCCGUCCACGAGUCAGCUUCGUGACCAUGGGACGUGGAUGUACGCGGCCGACGAGCAGCAGAACAGUGCCGUGACGAUCCGUGAGUGGAUGGGCAAGUUCGAGGGCAUCCCCAACGUGGCCAAGCGCAUGGCGCGUAUGGGCCAGUGCUUCUCUUCCACCGAGCAGUCCGUACGCGUCAAGGCGUGCGACGUACAGGAAGUGCCGGACAUCAUCGGCGGCGCCCACCCGGUCAGCAGGAAGCCGUACAUCUUCUCUGAUGGCGUCGGCAUGAUGUCUGUGCCACUCGCCGAAGAGGUGUACGAGGUGAUGAAGCUGAAGGAGCGGCCAUCGGCCAUCCAGGUCCGGUAUGCUGGGGCCAAGGGCAUGCUUUGCGUCAACCCCGCCCUUCCCAACAAGAAGCUUCUCUGCCUGCGGCCCAGCAUGCAGAAGUUCCCCUGCUUCAGCUCAGAGUACCUCGAAGUGGUCAAAGUCUCGGCACCACGCUCGGUGACGUUGAAUCGACCCCUGAUUACCAUUCUGGAGCAGCUGGGAGUGCCAACCGACACCUUCGUGUACUUGCAAGAGCGCAUGAUUCUGGAGUUCACUGACGCCUUAGUCAACGAGUCCAGGGCUGCUGACGUGCUGUCUGCAUGGUCUAAGUUGCAGCUACCCUAUGAAGACCUUUCCAAGGCCGGUUUUCAGCUCACACUGGAUCCGUUCUUCCGGUCACUGCUUCUUGCCGUGUACCGAAAUGCGGUCGCGGGGCUCCGUUACAAGACCCGCAUUGCGCUGCCGGUGGAUCGGGCCCGCAACAUGCUUGGAGUGGUCGACACCACGGGCAAGCUGCAGUACGGAGAGGUGUUCGUGCAGUGCACCGAGAUGCGCAGCCCGCAGGUGCAGCACCAGGAGCCACCCAAGAAGACGGUCAUCACCGGCACAGUCCUUGUCACCAAGUGCCCCUGCUUGCACCCGGGUGACGUGCGGAAGUUCACUGCAAUCGACGUGCCUGAGCUGCACCAUGUUGUCGACUGCAUCGUGUUCCCCGCACAGGGACCCAGGCCGCACCCCGACGAAAUGGCCGGCUCUGACUUGGAUGGGGACGAGUACGUUGUCAUUUGGGAGAAGUGCCUCUUCUUCCCCGGAGCAAACAGAACUCCCAUGAACUUUUCGGACCGUAACCCCGAGCCCCAUGGGAAGCAAAUCACGAUUGAGGACAUGAUUCAAUUUUUGUGCAAUUACAUCAAGAACGACUCCAUCGGAAUCCUCUCGAAUGCACACCUGGCCUGGGCCGAUCAGGAAAAAGAAGGAAUUCACUCGCAGAAGUGCCUUGCGAUAGCCGAAAAGAUCAGCAUCUGCCUCGACUUCGCAAAGAACGGCAAGACUGCCUUUCUCCGGCGCGAAGAGCGGCCCAUGCUCUACCCGGACUUCAUGGAGAAAGGUAGCCACAAGACUACGUACCGGUCGGACAGGGCACUCGGUGUCUUGUACCGAACCUGCCGUUCCCUGGAGGCCGCAGUUGGCAGGCUAGGUCACCGGCACGUCGAUCCUGGCCGGUGCCAGGCACUCGCCGUACCAGGGUGGGAGGAGUACCGCGAGUCGGCGACGCAGGCCCUCACCGACUACAAUACGAACCUCCGGCGAAUAUUGAACCAGUACGGCAUCGGGUCCGAGGGCGAGGUGAUGGCCUGCAUGGUGAACACGUUCGACACCUACCACAACGCCCAGUCGGACAAGCUCAACAUGGAAGACCUCGUCGAGAAGAUGGUCAAGUUUCUCACGGUCACCACACGCGAUGUCUUCUACGAGGACAUCUUGAAGGAGAUGCAGGACGGAGGCAUAUCCGAUCAAGAGGAACUGCGCAGGAGGAAGCUUCGCAGGGCCUCGGCCUGGUACAUGGUCACGUACGAGCACAGCGAGGAGAACUCCUUUUUCAGCUUUCCCUGGUGCAUCGCAGACCUUCUCAUUGAAAUCUUGCGCAGCGCGGAUGCAGAGGACAAGGUGUGGUGCCCGAACAUACUGUACUGGAAGAUAGACCACCUUGUCAAGGAGAACAGCGACCUUGCAGAGGACGACGGUCUGGACGCAGGUUGUGAUUCAUUCAAGACUGCCUUCCACAUAAUUGAGAAGUGGCUGAAAGAGGAAACGCUGCUUGGCCAGCACGAACCUGGUGCCCCGUCCAAGCCUGGACUGUGUUCAAACUGCCUGCUAGACAUAUACACAGAGUUUCUAGGAAGCAGGAAGCUUGCGCCCGUGGGCAAGAUUGUCACGAGAAGGCGGCAUGCCAUGAUGAUGUCUGCAGCGGCCAAGGAUGAGCCAAGUUCCGAGCCAACUGCGGAGCCAUUGAAAGAGCAGAGUGCAGACAAACUCAUUUCCAAUAAGAAGGCUUCUACUCAUGCCUGGCAGAUUAUAGAUGGUUUUGUGGAGCCCCUAUAUUUGGACGAAUCUGAAGGUGAGACCGAUGACCCCGGAAUGCCAGACCAGGGUGGACAAGUCGAUGGGAACGAGCAGGACAUUGAGGAGGUCACUCGUUCUAUGGCAUUGCUUCUGCAUCAGCCGCAGGACGGGUGCGACUCCGGGCCGGACAUCGGCGAGGACCCCAGCGUCGGCACUCUGGUGGUCUCGUUCCUGCGGUGGUGCCUGGAGCAGCACCGGCUGCCACGGGGGACGUGUCGUGUCGGCAUCUGCGCGGGCGGCGGCUACGACUGCCAGACCCACAGGCUACCGAUGGUGGCAUUGCGGGCCUACAGUUCGCUGGCGGUGUCGCUCGACCCGUGCCACAUCUCGCUGCCCUGUGACCCUGCGUACCACGAGCCACAUCAGGAGAUCUUCGAGCGAGAUCCCGUCCGCAUCCAGAUAGCCAAUCCGGCGAUGGAUCAGAUGCUGAAGGAGAAGCUUAAUGCGGUGCGACAGCUGCUUAUGCGCUGGACGGGCGUACAGGACGUUCAAAUACAGCAUCAAGAUGAUUACGACAACACGUAUAUCGUAGUGACUGCGACGGGCAGAGACUGGCAGAUCUGGUUCUUGGAGGAGCUGCUGUUACAGCGAUGGCUGCCACAGGCGAUCGACUGUGGAGACCUCCUCAAGUUUCUGAGGGACAAUCCCCAGGCUGGCCAGGCAAAGCUGGGCUCCCGAAACUUGGCAUCUACCAGGCGCUAGCGAUCGCUGCCCCCGACAUUUUUGUGAUACGGCUCCACAGCAAUCUCGUCAGUAUGCAUAGACUU